AUGAUUCGAAGGCCUGUGUCCUUUCCCAGUUUAACGAGAUUGCUUCUUCGGACUGGUUCUGCUUCUGCGUCGUCCAAGAUCGGAACUCAAAAUUGGUUUGCUUCUCAACCCAACCCUAUUUACAGUGAGGAUGAGUAUGCUGACGUGGACUGGGACAGUCUUGGCUUUGGUUUGAUGCCUACGGAUUACAUGUACAUUAGUAAAUGUUGUGAGGGCCAAAAUUUUGGUGAAGGACAACUGAGUCGCUACGGGAACAUUGAACUCAGUCCAUCAGCUGGGGUCCUAAAUUAUGGGCAGGGAUUAUUCGAAGGCACAAAAGCAUACAGAAAAGAAAAUGGGCGCGUGCUACUCUUCCGUCCGGAACAAAAUGGCAUUCGCAUGAAGAUUGGUGCCGAAAGAAUGUGCAUGGCAUCCCCUUCCAUCGAUAAUUUUGUUCAUGCUUUGAAACAAACUGUCUUGGCCAAUAAACGUUGGAUUCCUCCGCCCGGAAAAGGGUCGUUGUACCUUAGGCCUCUGCUCAUAGGAACGGGUCCAGUUUUGGGUUUGGCUCCUGCAUCUGAAUACACAUUCCUCAUAUAUGCUUCCCCUGUUCGCAACUAUUUCAAGGAGGGUUCGGCUCCGCUCAACUUGCUUGUAGAGGAGAACUUUGACCGUGCUUCUCGCCGCGGCACUGGAAACGUCAAAACCAUUUCUAAUUAUGCACCGGUUUUGAUGGCACAAACUAAAGCCAAGCAAAGAGGAUUUUCAGAUGUGCUGUACCUUGAUUCAGCCACGAAGAAAAAUCUGGAGGAGGUCUCUUCUUGUAACAUUUUUAUUGCCAAGGGCAAAUGUAUCGCAACUCCUGCUACCAAUGGAACUAUUCUUUCCGGAAUUACCCGAAAGAGUGUCAUUGAAAUUGCUGGUGAUCAUGGCUAUCAGGUAGAAGAGCGUGUUGUAGGCGUGGACGAAUUGAUUGAGGCUGAUGAAGUUUUCUGCACAGGAACUGCUGUGGGUGUUGCUCCUGUUGGUAGUAUCACAUACCAGGAUAAAAGGAUGGACUAUAUAACAGGUUCUGGAACCAUUUGUGAAGAGCUGAACAGCACCAUUUCAGGAAUUCAAACGGGUACUAUUGAAGAUAAGAAGGGUUGGAUUAUUGAAGUCAAUUAA